ACAGGCAUAGAUAAAUAUUCAUGGAUGAAGUGGUGGAUCAUUGGUGAAUUUUAUCUGAGUUACAAGUUUGUCAUUGUGUGGGAAAGUCGUUGAUAUUUGUGGAAUAUUUGAAUUCUUUGUUCCUUUUAAUUUUUAUUUUUAAACUAUUUAAUUGUCAUAUUUAAAACGCAUGUCUGACGGAACAAGUGCAUUUUCGUAUUUAUAGAUCAUCAACAAUGAUACAGCUUUGUGAAUUCCAGAAAAAACAAUGGAACCGAACGCUAAUACAUCCAAAGAUCAAAAUUUAGACUCAGGCAACAGUGGCAAUACGGUUACCUCCCAAGUUUUGGAAUACUUUAAUAAUUUUUCACAAUCAGAAAAUCUUUCUCGUUAUUUUCGUGGUUCUAAAACUAAGAAAACUCACAGUUUUGAAGAUAUAGCCGUUGCUGAUUGUUCAAGACCGCAAUUCAUAGGUGAAAAUCAGUUUGAAACCGAAGAAGUAGGUCUCGAUAUUAAUAAACCAGGUAAUGAAAAUAAGGAAAUCAGCCCUACAAGUAGUCUGGCAUCAAAUCGCAAACUCGAAUGGGACAAUGGAGCAGAUAUUGGUUACAAAAAUGUGCAAAUUUUACAAAAAAGUCUUUCCUUACCAGUAUUAAAUAGCGCGGGUAAAGUAAAUAUUCAUGAAGAAUUGCUGAGAUUAAGUCCUGAAGGUAUCAAUUGCAGCACAGAACAAGAGCGACGACCACCAGCAAUGUCUAGAUUUCCCUUAAAUGUGCAAAACAGCCAAGGUUUGGUAAUGUUACCCGAAAGUUCUGGGGAUGAAUCGCCUGUUGAACACAAAAACAAGAUUAUUCCAUCUUCAUCAUCUUCAUCUUUAAAGGUAGACGAUAUUCAUCCACAUUUGCACGAUUUAAGUUCAAGUGAUGACGACGCACCUAUUGCAGUAUCAACUCCUUUUGAUAAAGAUAGUUAUGGAGAGACAUGUGCUUCUAAAUUAAAAAAACAGAAAAAUGGUAGCUUGGAAUAUAAAAAUGAAUACACACAAAUGUCUAGAAAAGACAAAGAUAAGGGUCGAACAUUUAAACUACAGAUUUCAAAACCUAUUUACGUGGAUUGUUUCAACAAAGAAGAAAUUUCAUAUUCAAAUAAAAAUAUACAAACGAGCUUCAAAGACCUAUCCUCAAAACUUGUUCAAACAGAUGCAUUUUUAAGCCAGAUGUAUCCUAAAAAGAACAAAAUUUCUGAAAAGCACGAGGGCACCCAUUCAGAGCACGAACUUGAUAUAAAAGAAAAUCCUUCUAGUAGUUAUCCUUCGCGGCCCAAUUCUGCCAGUUCUCUAUCAAAAUGUGAAAGCUUUCAAUAUCUUAAUGCUGAAGAGUACCAUCCUAAUCAAGAGGACAAUAUCGAAAAUAUGAUGGAAGAGAAAUCAGCACCAACUUACAAUUUUCCAUCAGGAAGUAAAACAGAACAAGUAAAUCGUUUACAAACUAACAUUUGUUCAAAAUCAGGAGAACCAACAGGAAAAGUUAAUAAAGGCAUCAAUUUGAUUAAGAAGUUAAUAAAGUCACAAAAAUACGAUAGUACAACUAAGAGACAGUAUAUUAACAUGAUUAUUAAGAAAAUUAUCGAACAGAAUUGCUCAGAUGAGAGUACUGAAGGUUUUUCUAGUCCAAAAUUUGAUUUAAAUAAAAGUAAUUUUGAUUUAGCUCCUCCCACUAAUUCAACAAGUGAUUUAAGUGAUCCACCAAAAGAAAAUUCUACUAAAAUUAUAUCUAACACCAAUCAUAAACGGGCCACUAAAAGAAACCUUUUGCACCAAAAUAAACCAUGGAUUCCAAUUGUAAGAAGCCCUAAUAGAAACUUAGAUUAUAAAGAAUCGCUCAAUUUUCAAACAUUUUCGAAUGAAAUUGUAGCUCCUGUUGAACAAGAAAAACAAGUAUUCUAUCAAAAAACCGAACUACCUUGCACGGAUCAAAAAAUUUCUUCGGCUUAUGAUAAGUUAAAGAAAAGUCAUUAUACGAUGGUCAGCGAUGAAGUUCAAAAAUCUAAGUGUGUCAAAGGGAAAGGAGAUGAUAAUCAUCAUUCCAUUUCGAAUUUACAUCAAAAGUAUAAAUUUCCAGAAAAAUAUAGAGAACGGAAUUGGAAUCAAGACAAAACACAAGCAGAAAAGAUGUCUUCAAGAUGCCCUGACUCAAGUGAUUCCUACAAUGAUAGUGAAACUGUUACACGUUUCGCAAAAAACGAGAAACUGCAUCAACUUAAUUGGAUUAAAUGUGAAAUAGCCUACCUGAGCAAGCUUAAAAAUCUGUUAGAAAGUACGAAUGGUUAUUUAAGUAGCAGUUGUGUAGAUAGCAACGAAGUAAAAGAUACCAAUAGUAAUAGUAGUACUCUAAUGAAGAACGCAGAAGAUGGGAAGAAGGCUAAUGUAGACAAUUUUGAAGUUUUAACUACAGUCGACGUGAAGCCUUUACAAAAAGGUGUAACUCAAAAAACGAAUACCAUCUAUCUAAUAACGACUGAAAGAUUAAAAGAUUCAGCCACUGGAAAGCUUCCUCAAAGUAAACUAAUUACAGAAGAAGAGCUUCUAAAUUCUAACGAUAAGGAUCUGAAGGUUUUAAAUAAUGUAAUUCGCAAAUUGACAAUUGAUAAUAAAUCAGAGAUAGAACAAAGUCCUGAAGCAGAAUGUAAUGAAUUAUCUAAAAAACUAACUGAAGUAAAUUCUGAAUCUCUGCCAUUUGAUAUCCAAAAAGCCAAACUUAUUUCCACAACCGUGCACACUAUUGUAAAUAAUAAUUCCCAAAAAACGUUGAUUAAAAGAUAUACAUUUGAAGUAUCUGAGGAAAGUACUUCAGCUCAUAAAGAUUAUGACAAAACUUCAACGUCUAAUACAAGUAGCAGUAAUAAACACACCGCAGAAAAUGAUUCUCGUUCUCACACUGUUGAUGCUCAAUCUACCUCAUCUAGUACAAAACCGUCAAAUAUGAAUAAAGUUGCUUUGACUAAUAACACAAAUUUUAUUAAAAAAGAUCUACACGAAAAAAAUGAAGAUGCUACCACUAGAAAAACUAAUUUUGUGUAUAAAACUAAUCAAUCUAGUACGCCACACUUGUGUAAACUGAAUGGAGAAAAUCAAAUUAUACUCGCAAAUGGUAAUAAAAACACUACACAGGGUAAAAUUCAAUCGAAUACUAUUACGGAAAGCUCAUCUGAAAAUAAUAAAACACAGAGUGAUUUUCAAAAAAAGAUUAUUCACUUGCAAAAAACAAUUGAUCAAAAGGAACAAGAAUUAAAAGAAAUUAAAUCGCUUUUAAAUCGUAAUACAUUAAACAUUCACAACAAUGUUCCAGAAAAGCUCAAAGAUAAGAAUAACUCUUCAAAAAAUGCUGACCAAAAUUAUAAAAUAAGCGAAGUCCCUGUACGAAAUGAACAAAAAGAAGAAGCAAAGAAACUGCCCCGGAAAGGAUCAGCAGAAAGUACAAAACACAUUAGUAAAAGUAUAAAUAACGCAAAUAAUGAAGAGAAUACAUAUAGCGAACAUCAUUUAACAAACGACAAAAAAUUAAAUAAGAAUUUUCCAUUGGAUGCGUUAAGCAUUUCCUCACAGUCGGAUUAUCCAGAACAGGAAAUUUCGGAAGAAGUUACUUCUAUUAAAAGUUCUUAUGAUUCAAAAACGCCAUACGUAUCUUCAGAAGAUAAGUCCAGGGAAAAUGAUAAGUGUUAUUAUCAAAAGCAAGAGAAACAAUCCCAAUCCGACCGUACGUCUAAGACCAUCUGCUGCUGCAAAGAUGACCAAAACGUUAUGUUUGAAAUAAAGGAUGUUGUAACCAAACUUAAUCGUCUAAUUGAAGAGGAGAAUGAGUGUUGUAAAUGCCUCUAUGACCACAAAAACCAAAGUAAGAGCAAUUCUAAUGUAACAAAUAAACAUAAACUACCUAUUGCUUAUACUUUGAUACUGGAAGAACGUGAACUUAAUAGAAAUGUAGAAAAUAAUAAGAAUUCUGGCAAAAACAAGAAAACACGGCCUUUGCAAGAAAUUAGAAUUAAAUUUCCUUUGCCUCAUAGUAAAAAGAAAAGUAAGAAAGCCAGAUAUAGUAAUCACAGAAAAAGAAAAGAAAGUAGCUUUGUAGACCUGCCAACCCACGAAAAUGAAACUGCAGAGUAUGAGUAUGAUGAUAAUAAUGUCCCUUUGUAUGAGUAUUUAAACAAAAAUAGACCCCAAUUCGUACAAUCAGCGGAAGAAAGACGCAAAUGCAUAUACGAACUGGCUAUUAUAAGAGAACAGUGUCGUCGGAAGUACAAGGAACUUUUGGCCUUAACUGACGGAAUUCCAUUAGCUUCUUCAAUUAACAGAAACGAUUCAAAACCGAAAAAGCUGUUCACUUCAGCUGAAAUGAGACAAAUGACAAAUAAAAAAUAUAAACACUUACCGGAGGUUCAGAAAAAACUGAGGGAUAAUAAAAAUGAACAAAUUAAAUACGCCAAUCGUAUAUUGUUGAACGUAUUUGCUAAGAAAUUAAAAGAUCGAGUCCUAAGUGGAGAAACUAAUCUCUCAUUGCAGUCUAGUAUUAUGUAAAUUUCAGAAGAUCUGAUUAUAUUUAUAUGCAUUUAGUAAUUGUUAUAAAUAAAUGAACCAAGGAAAUA